AUGGAUACAUCGCUGAAAAAAGACUCGCCAAAAAAGUCCCGACUCCAAAUUGAGAUCACAAUCCAGCUUCUCUACAUCUUCAAUUUGGAUAUGGCUCAACAAUACUUGUCAACAUACAUCGAACUAGCAUUAACAUGGCAGGAUGUGAGAUUGGCAUGGAAACCUGAGAAUUUUGAUGAAGUGUCAACUAUUUGGGUUCAUUGCGAUCAAGUGUGGACUCCUGAAAAUAUUGUUGAUAAUGUG